GCCGCCAUGUCCUCGGGUCAUGUCUUGGUGUCUGUCCUCGUCCUCGUGACCUCGGUUCUCUGUACCCAGGAUACCAACAGUACCAACACCGGUGAGAGCAGGAGUGAUCGCCAGAUCAGCUGGCCAGGAGGUCUGGUGCCUCUAGGACCUUGUCUCUCAGACAGAGGAGAGUUUGGUCGCUGCACAUCCUUCCGCAGCUGCUAUCCGUACUUCAAACUGCCUCAGCUAGGCACCUGGGAGACAUGGGUGCUCGGGUACUAUGAUACUUGCACCUACCUCACAAACACCGGAAGACAGAAAUUCGGUGUCUGCUGCACAAACCCAGUGGGACAGAAGCCUCCUGCCGCAGCUCCUCCUGAGAUAGAAGAGGCGACGGGUGAGGACGGUGGAGGGUCCAUCCCACCCAACUGGCCUCCACCCAUCCCGACCCAUCCACCCGACCAUACCAUCCCGCCUCUACCUACCCAUCCUCCAAGUCCUGGCUACCCUAUCGAGCCAACGUCAACCAAGAAACCCGUGACUACCACUAAGAAACCUAAGCCUAAGCCUCCUAAGCCGCCUAAACCUACAAAGCCUCCGACUCCACCACCUAAUUGGCCUCCGCCCAUUCCAACCCAUCCUCCGACUGCACAGCCAUGGCCGCCCACUGCUGCUACUAAGCCGCCCACUGCUGCUACUAAGCCGCCCACUGUGGCUCCUGAGGUGCCUGCAAAGCCCACCCAGCCACCUGCUGCUGUUGGAGAUGCUUCUUGUGGAGCUAAAAAUGGGUUCCAAGAUCAAGAGAGGAUUGUAGGAGGCCAAAACGCUGACCCUAAUGAAUGGCCUUGGAUUGCAGCUUUGUUCAACAGUGGUCGCCAGUUUUGUGGAGGUUCACUCAUAGACAACACACACAUCCUUACAGCAGCUCACUGUGUGGCCCACAUGACCUCAUGGGAUGUGGCCAGACUGACAGUGAGGCUGGGUGAUCAUAACAUCAAAACCAACUCUGAGGUGAAACAUGUAGAGAAGAGAGUGAAGAGAGUCGUGAGGCAUCGUAACUUUGACAUGAGGACAUUGUACAACGACAUAGCUAUUCUCACAUUAGACUCCCCAGUAACUUUCACCCAGACAAUACGUAGUGUCUGCCUCCCUACAACUGGUACUCAGGCUCGCUUUGAUGGAGCUACAGCAACUGUCAUUGGCUGGGGCAGUCUGCGAGAAAAUGGACCACAACCAGCUGUACUACAAGAGGUUAACAUUCCUGUGUGGACCAACCAGGAGUGUAAACUCAAGUACGGCAACGCAGCACCAGGAGGCAUUGUAGAGCAUUUCCUCUGCGCAGGACGAGCGACCAAGGACUCCUGUAGUGGUGACAGUGGCGGACCCCUGAUGGUGAACACGGCGGGGCGCUGGACCCAAGUGGGGAUUGUUAGUUGGGGCAUAGGCUGUGGUAAGGGGCAAUACCCCGGCGUCUACACCAGGGUGACACACUUCAUGAGCUGGAUCACCAAGAACCUCAAGUGAAUCUGACAACACCGGGAGGAAGUGUGAAUCAUAAGUGCAACGUCUACUUUCAUUGACAGAAUUAAAAAUUACUUCAGUUUAUAAUUCGGUUCCAUCUUAAUAUUUCAGAACGCAAAAGGCUACAAGUCAUUUGCAAAUAACUGUCAAUUACAGAUUUGAUGGUAUUUGUAACUUGGAUGGUGGCAUUGUCUUUUUUGUUUAAACUUUCAACACAUUGUUAUGUAAAAGUUUGUUAACAUUUGGAAGUAAAUUGUCUAGUAAGACCAUUAUAAAAUGGUUGGAAAUCAAUUUUAGCCUUUUUUAUAGGGUCAAAUUUUGGAAAACUUUUACCCCAUAGAUCCCUGUUUCCGUGGUCUGAUCAUGCUGGUUUGCCAACCCGUAAAGGCGAAUGUGAAGCAGAUAGAAAAGUACGAGUCUCAAUAAACUUGUGUUUGAAAAAUCUCACGUAAAAUUUUUCUUCUACUUUUUCUUUUAAUGCCAUUUUCAAUUUCAUUAUUUUUAAGAGAAUAUUAACACAUGAUUGGUGUAAACAUUUUGGUAGCUUUCUUACAAACUCGAUUUCUCAGUCAUGAUCAUUGAUAGAGGCUUAAAAUUGAUUGAGGGUAGCCGAGUACAGUUGUGAAUCUUCAAAAAGCUAGAUUUUUCUUACAGCAGAGCCAUAAACCUGAGUAGUAUAAUGAACACUUAAAUAUUAAGCACGUUAAAAAAAAUAUCCACUCUUCAUAUUAGGCCUACGAUUCACACUUCCCCUGUUGGAUUAAAUAAUCAUUAUUAAACUGUACCAACUUAAAUCUUGCGAGAUUUGAUCUCCUUUAAAAGAAAACUAGAUUAAGACAAUCAUGAAAGGAUAUUUUUUGUGAUAUUGAACGAUAGUUUACCAAUUAAUUAAGGUGAAUAUUAAAUUAUAGUGAUACAUUAAGUUGUUAUAUUGUAUUUAAAAAUAAUAUGGAAAACUCAUUAGGUCAAUUGGUUUGGUUUUUGGAUUCAUGUUUUUGCUUGGCAAUAUUCAUGAGACAAAGUCUUAAAAAGGUAAAAUCAUAAGCAAUUUUUAUCCUGACAAUCAGAUAAAACAAAGUAAUUAAGGUUACAUACCUUAAUCAGUCCAACAAAUAAAUAAAGUAAUAAAAUAAAGUGAUGCCUGUGCCAAUCCAAUUAAUUUAGAUAUGUUUGUCAGAAUGUAUACAUGUCUUACUGUGAACUUUUUAAU